AUGCGAUUUCAGGACAGUCUUUCACCAGUUGGCGUGUGCUGUGCCGCUGAGAUGCAUCUUGGCUGGCACCACUUUCGGCAUGUACUGCUUCGUAAUUUCCCCUGCCCAGCGCAUCUUCGACGCGACGUCGGGCAACCUUAUAUGAUAAUGGGCUACGUUCCUGAAAGCGCCAGUCUUUAGGA